AUGCGCCCCAACCAGAGCCUAAUUGCUUCACUGGUCGCCGUGGCGGCAGGAAUGGGGGCAACCGCACCGAGCUGCCCCCCCUUCCCCUCCUCCAUGGUCGAGUUCUCCGCCUCCUUUAAGCAGCCCGAGCCCCCUUUGAUUCAGCCAGAGUACCGAACCAACUUUGUUCAGCACAAGUGGAACCAGAAUCUGUCCCACAUCACGACUGGCUUCAUCAACAACUCGCCAUCCAAGGGCUUUGUCCAAGUCGACGAAGCGUUUGCGACCGAUAACGGCGCUGGCGGUCGCCUGGCGUCGUCGUACUUCAACUAUGCCAACGUUACGAAAGAAGGCUUGGUGGACAACACCCUGACCACUUACAGUGGCAACUCCACCAAGCCCGAUGUGUUUAGGGGCUACGUCGACUCGAACUUUCCCAUCUUUGAGAAGGACUUGCUGGUCAAAUCCGGCGCCGUCUUUGGAGGUCUAGUUCAGCGGCAGUUUGCUGAAAACAACGUGGCAGCGUGGAACAUCAUGUAUCAAGGUGUGAUUCCGGUGACAAUUUUUGUUAACAACUGCAAUGUCAUGGUUGGAUAUAACUACUUUUCCCCUAGACUGCGAACCCGAGUCGUUACCGAAUACUUCAAUAUUCAAGUUGGGGCCGCCUCUGCUUGA